GCAAACUCUGCGAUACUCCCUCUCACUUGGUUUCACUAUCGCAGAAAUACUAAUCGGCCCUCCGCUUGGCUUUCCUUCCUUCAAGAUUGCCUUCAAUUGGGCAGAUUCCGGUCGGUUGCCUGUAUAGGGAUUUCCCACCGACACAUCAAGCAGCUGGUCAGUCGCUGUUACCUUCGCGCACUUCAUUCAGCAAAAGCAGCCAACAGCCCCACCUCAGACCUCAGAGUAGGGGCGCCCCUCCAGCACCAACCUUCCAUCAAUGACCCGCCGGCAGUCCCCGAGUAACAGCAACGUGCGUCGGCGCACACACACAGGCAUCGGUGCGUCCACACUGUCUGCGCCCACCUCUGCCACCAAGAACCGUCGCUACAGUCUGGACCAGACCGUCUCGUCCGUUAUCUACUGCGAGGGCUACGCGCGCAUCAAGCGCCGCAACGUGUUGACCUGGAACACGCGUUUCCUCGUGCUCAGCAACACAGAACUGCUUGUAUUCCAAAACAAGCAAGAUGCCAGCUACCGCCGCAACGUCCUAGAGACACAAGAGCUUGCCAGCGGCCGAGUGGCGUCCAAGAACGACUUGGGAAUCGAGUUCACCUUCACGGACGGACGCGAACUGCUUGCUCGCGUGUUCAGCCGUGCUGACCAGGCCCAGUGGGUCUCCGCUUUCUACCAGUUGGCCAUGCGAAGCGAAGUGCGUCGCGUCAAGAGCGCCUCCAUGGAGGAGCAGGGCGACACGGCUGCGGUUGAGAAGCGCCGCGUCUCGUUCUUCGGCAGUGUACUGGUGCGCACUAUCCCCACAGUGCCGGAUGACCAGGUGCCGGAGCUCUUCUACAGCAAGAAAGAUGUGGAGAAGUUCUCGGAGCAGGCCUCGAGUCUGCGGAGCCGCACGGGCGACGCUGUGUCGCUCGUAUUCAGGAAGCCCACGUUGCCCUGGCGCCGACAGGUCGUGUAAGCCGAGCACAUUCAUCGUCUUUGAUCUAUUUAUUAGCAACCGCGUUCCGUUGGGGAGAGCGUGAACCGUGUGGUAUUAAUUGACGAUCCCUGCGUGUUAUAAGACCAUUACAUAAUGAACUUGAUACCCGAACUCCGCUUGGUUCUCCGAGUCCGCGUGGUGCAAUACAGACGGUCGUCGAGACGCUUUUAGAACGGCGCUUGAUCAAUAGACGCGCUGAAUUGUGGUGAUGAAGUCGAGAGACUCGUGUGGAUUCGAAAAAUGCGGGCGGCGGUUUUACCAGAACACAAGCAGCAUUCCAUGUGUCCUGCUUGUCGAGCAUGCUUGAUCAAUCUGCAAUCGAUUCACGCGCCAUUGCGAGAAUGAUACCCCACGGCUAUUAUUACGCAGUGCUUCUCCAUCGCAGAUUCGACACGCACGGGUGCAGACGAAGACUAUCCAUACGGCCGUGGAAGAUUCUGUCCGGUCGCGCACUCGAACCUAGUCAGUUGGGCUUCCCCUCAGAGGAUGGCCGAGGUUGUGGGCCACCCAAGACACGCAUUUGUGGCUCUGAGUCGGCCAUGCGGUCGUUGAGCAGAGACUGUCGGCCAGACCACAUCCGGACAGCUCUUCUGGACACGGCAAGCUUUGCACGCGCCUGUUCUCUUGUCCCUAGGGG